AACGAUCCUACUAAAAUGCAAAAAUAUGCCAUACAACCAGUGUAGAGUGCAGAGGGAAAAGCUAAUGUACGACAAGCCAAAAGCAGCGGCCACAAAACCGAAGUUUAACGAAAGCAACGCUAAGCCAGCACACACACAUACUCACACACACCACUAAGGAAACGAACACAAUGUGCCUGUUAGUAACAAAAACAAGAAGAACAAAUAAAACAACAACAAAAUUUAGUAAAAUCACAAACUGCGGAGAAGACCAACUAAUGUAAAAGUUUUUACAUUCCAAACCAACUCGAGUUGAGCAGUAAACCCACAAAAGUUGCAAAGCAUACAAAAACGGUGAAAUGCAACAAAAAUGAGAUUAAAAGUUCCGAAACUAACUGAAAGUGUUUGGACUAAUUAUAAGACAACAACAAAGCACAGCAUAGCGUUUAAAAAAGGAUAGUAAGAACUAAAAGGAGUCUAGCCAGAGCUAAAGACACAACACAGCAAUUAAAGUGCGCACCUGAGAGCUACGCCAUAUUUAGUACAAAACUUCAGCAAUUCAGCAAUAAAGAGCGUAUUUAAACAUUUCAAAACAUUUAACUUAAGUCUGCUAACAUGGCUGGUUCAUUUCAAAUACCGUUGCUCAAUCUCGAGCUGCGCGAGGUCAAAGAAAUCGUUUGGGAGAAAAUUCAAGAGCCCGUCAACCAACGUCGUCUCAUCUUAGUAAUAGUCUCGAUAGCGCUGCUUUUGGACAACAUGUUGUACAUGGUAAUCGUACCCAUUAUACCCGAUUAUUUGCGUGAGAUCGGCAGCUUCGAUGAUGACACACCAACGCCGCCGCCAUUGCGUGAUAAUCGCACCGGUCUAAUUAUACCAGUGCACCACGACCAUCAUGGCCAAGACUCUGCCACCGGCAUACUAUUCGCAUCGAAGGCCAUUGUACAAUUGAUGGUGAACCCCUUCUCAGGUGGUCUCAUCGAUCGCAUUGGCUACGACUUACCCAUGAUGAUCGGUUUGACCAUUAUGUUCUUCUCAACAGCGAUGUUCGCUUGCGGCCGCAGUUACAGUUUACUCUUCUUUGCGCGUUCGCUACAAGGUGCGGGUUCGGCUUUUGCAGACACAUCCGGUUUAGCCAUGAUAGCGGAUCGCUUUACCGAGGAGAAUGAACGUUCGCAGGCGUUGGGUAUUGCAUUGGCAUUCAUCAGUUUCGGUUGUUUGGUGGCGCCACCGUUCGGUGGUGCGCUCUAUCAGUUCGCCGGCAAGGAAGUGCCAUUUCUUAUUUUGGCGUUAGUGUGUCUCUUGGAUGGUCUUAUGUUGCUGCUGGUAAUGAAACCAGUUAAAGAUCAAAUAAGGCAAAGUAAAGAGGUGCAACAACAAACGAUUCCUAUAUGGCGCUUGCUAAUGGAUCCAUACAUUGCGGUCUGUGCCGGCGCGUUGACCAUGUCGAAUGUGGCGUUAGCUUUCCUAGAACCCACCAUAUCGCUGUGGAUGGAGGAUAACCUAACAACAGAGAAUUGGAAAAUCGGUAUGGUGUGGUUGCCCGCCUUCUUUCCACACGUACUGGGUGUCAUCAUCACUGUGAAAAUGGCAAAAAAGUAUCCACAUCAUCAAUGGCUGAUGGCCGCCGUCGGUUUAGCGCUCGAGGGUUUCUCCUGCUUCAUAAUACCGUUCUCCAGCUCCUACCAAAUGCUUAUGUUACCCAUUUGUAUUAUUUGCUUCGGCAUCGCGCUCAUCGACACAGCGCUCCUACCAACGCUGGGCUACCUGGUGGAUGUGCGCUAUGUAUCCGUGUAUGGCAGUAUUUAUGCUAUAGCCGAUAUUUCAUAUUCGAUCGCAUACGCAGUCGGUCCCAUCAUUGCGGGCGGUGUAGUAGAGGCGAUCGGUUUUACAGCGUUGAACUUCAUCAUUGCCUUCUCCAAUCUGCUGUAUGUGCCCGUGCUACGCAAGUUACGCAACAUCUACGAUUUCAAACCGUUCGAAAAUGAGGCCAACAUACUCAUGCAAGAUCCACCGAACAAAGAAUAUCAAACCUAUGUAAUGCACGAUCAGAAACCGAUUGAUGGUGAUUUCAAAAAUCAUCUCGAGUACGGUCAACAAUAUCAGCAGGAGCAGGAAUCUAAUGUGGACGAUACAAACUAUGAGUAUCAACAACAAGAUGGCGGCUACCAGCAAACUGGCGGAGGUGGCGGCGGUGGCGGUUAUCAGCAAAAUCAGGGUUAUCAACAGCAAUAUCAACCUGGCUAUCAGGAGCAAGGUGGUAAUUAUCAGCAGCAGGAAACGCGACAUCUUCCACAACAACGCGUCGCAAACCCGUUCCAGCAUCAGCAACAGCAACAACAACAGCAAAUGAACGAUGGCGGCGGCGGGAGUAGAGGCCCUACUGGUCCAGCGAAUCCAUUUAGACAAGGAUUUUAAAAUGUUGUCUUACACAAAGUUAGCGGUAAUCUAUGUUUGUUUUUAUAUCUUUGAUCGCAUAGUUUACGUGUUUCGUUGAUUUUACAAUAACAUAAUAUGUACUUUG